AUGGCCUGCGACACACCCUCUACUGCUGACAAGGCAGAUAUAGGAGAGCAAAUACAACGACGAACGCCGUCACCCAAGGAACGCCAUUGCCUCUCUCCACCUAGGAACUUCAUCUCCUCCCUACACCCAGGAACAUCAUCUCCUCCCUUCACCCGGGAACAUCAUCUCCUCCCUACACCCAGGAACUUCAUCUCCUCCCUACACCUAGGCACAUCUCCUCCCUUCACCCGGGAACAUCAUCUCCUCCCUACACCCAGGAACAUCAUCUCCUCCCUCAUCUCCUCCCACCCAGGAAUCAUCUUCUCCUCCCUACAUCAUCUCCCUCCCAUCUUCUCCUCCCGGGAACAUCAUCUCCCCUCCCUACACACCCAGGAACAUCAUCUCCUCCCUACACACAGGGAACAUCAUCCUCCCUACAUCCAGGAACAUCAUCUCCUCCCCACACCCGGGAACUCAUCUUCUCCCUACAUCCAGGAACAUCAUCUUCUCCCUACAUCCAGGAACAUCAUCUCCUCCCUACUUCCAGGAACAUCCCGGGAACAUCAUCUUCUCCCUACAUCCAGGAACAUCAUCUCCUCCUACCCUACACUCCCUACACCCAGGAACAUCAUCUCCUCCCCCUCCCUACAUCCAGGAACAUCAUCUCCUCCCUACAUCCAGGAUCUACUUCCAGGAACAUCAUCUCCUCCCUACUCCAGGAACCAUCUCCUCCCUACACAUCCAGGGAACAUCAUCUCCCUCCCUCCCUACACACCCAGGAACAUCAUCUCCUCCCCUACACACAGGAACAUCAUCUCCUCCUACACCCAGGAAUCACUCCCCUACACCCCAUCAUCUCCUCCCUACACCCAGGAACAUCAUCUCCUCCCCCAGGAACACAUCCAGGAACAUCAUCUCCCCUCCCUACAUCAUCUCCUCCCCCACACCCAGGAACAUCAUCUCCUCCCUACACCCAGGAACAUCAUCUCCUCCCUACACCCAGAGAACAUCAUCUCCUCCCUACACCCAGGAACAUCAUCUCUCCUCCCUACACCCAGGAACAUCAUCUCCUCCCUACAUCUCCUCCCUACACAAAGGAACAUCAUCUCCUCCCUACACCCAGGAACAUCAUCUCCUCCCUACACCCAGGAACAUCAUCUCCUCCCUACACCCAGGACACAUCAUCAUCCUCCCUACACCCAGGAACAUCAUCUCCUCCCUACACCCAGGAACAUCAUCUCCUCCCUACACCCAGGAACAUCAUCUCCUCCCUACACCCAGGAACAUCAUCUCCUCAUCAUCUCCUCCCUACACCCAGGAACAUCAUCUCCUCCCUACACCCAGGAACAUCAUCUCCUCCCUACACCCAGGAACAUCAUCUCCUCCCUACACCCAGGAACAUCAUCUCCUCCCUACACCCAGGAACAUCAUCUCCUCCCUACACCCAGGAACAUCAUCUCCUCCCUACACCCAGGAACAUCAUCUCCUCCCUACACCCAGGAACAUCAUCUCCUCCCUACACCCAGGAACAUCAUCUCCUCUCCUCCACACCCAGGAACAUCAUCUCCUCCCUACACCCAGGAACAUCAUCUCCUCCCUACACCCAGGGAACAUCAUCUCCUCCCUACACCCAGGAACAUCAUCUCCUCCCUACACCCAGGAACAUCAUCUCCCUACUCCCCACCCCGGGAACAUCACACCCAGGAACAUCAUCUCCUCCCUCCUACACCCAGGAACAUCAUCUCCCUCCCUACACCCAUCCAGGAACAUCAUCUCCUCCCUACACCCAGGAACAUCAUCUCCUCCCUACACCCAGGAACAUCAUCUCCUCCUACACCCAGAACAUCAUCUCUCCCUACACCCAGGAACUCAUCACCCUCCCUCCACACCCAGGAACAUCAUCUCCUCCCUACAUCUCCUCCCCCAGGAACAUCAUCUCCUCCCUACACCCAGGAACAUCAUCUCCUCCCUACACCCAGGAACAUCAUCUCCUCCCUACGACCAGGAACAUCAUCUCCUCCCUACACCCAGGAACAUCAUCUCCUCCCUACACCAAGGAACAUCAUCUCCUCCCUACACCCAGGAACCUCCUCGCCUCUCUACAUCCAGUAA